AUGCGCCACAAGGGGCUUUGUGAAGCUUACGUAAAGGACACGACCGGGCCACCGACAGGUUACGGCUCCCUAGGGCAGGAAACGCGCAUCGGAAUCGGCCGCAUUCUGUACCAUCCCGUCCGGCACAAUGUGUGGCAGGGUAGGCGGCUCGGAGGUGUUACUGAAGCACGUCAACAGUUGACCGACACGCUGGUCACCAGGCGGUCAUCGCUCCUGCUCUCCGGACCGAGCGGUACGGGAAAGUACACGAUGGUCAAAUCGCUGGCCGUGGACCACAACUACCCACUGUUUGAGGUGCGUGGACUACACUUUGUCCGUUCGCUGCCCGGUGAAACGGAGGCCGAACUGCGGAAGAUAUUCCAACGAUUGGAGCACUUCGAAGCGCUGAUCGACGAUGGGCGGCCCAUUCUUCUGCUGGUGAAGGACAUCGAUAUGAUAUGCCCGAAGGUAACCACCAAAAAGGGAGAGGAUUCGGCCAACAUCUCGCGCAUCGCAUCGCAGUUCCUGGCGCUGAUCGAUCAGUACCUGGAGUCAUCGAGUAACCUUGUCAUAAUCGGUACCACAUCCUGCAUCGAGAACCUGGACCCGCGUCUGAGAAGUCCAGGUCGGUUAGUGAAAGAGAUUACACUCGGGAUACCGUCCCGCGAGCAGCGGAUCGACAUUCUGCGCUCCUUCGAAUCGGACAGCUCCUUUACGGCGGAGCAGCUGGAAGAGAUGGCUCACCGAACGACGGGAUACGUUGGCGCAGAACUGCAGCUUCUUUACUUCAACGUCACCCGAGAGAGAGACCGGCGGAACCUUUCGUUUCAGGACGCACUGACCGCGGCACAGCUGAAACAUCAACCGAGCGCACUACGGAACACGAUCGGAUUGGUCGGCGAGAAUUUGUCGCUGAACCUCGAUUCGUUCGGUGGCCUGCAGCAACUAAAGUCGCUGCUACGGCUAUGCGUCGUGCAGCAGCUGAAAAAUCCGGCCCGCUUCCGGCAGCUCGGUAUAAACCCGUUGAAAGGCAUCCUACUGUACGGUCCGCCCGGGUGUGCAAAAACCACACUCGCCAAGUGCCUUGCCGCCGAGUCCGGCAUGACGUUUCUGUCACUUUCGGCGUCCCUGCAACACACUGUUGAAUCCAUCGAAACCCGUUCCAAUUCCUAUGUGAUCGACUCCGAUCGCAUCUCCUCAUCCACGAUCGAUGAGUCGGCCCAAUCGCAACAACCGUGUUCCGAGGCCAGCGACAUGGAGCGAACACCCAGCGCGUGCAGUGAACGCAACAGGCUCAGCUUGGCGUUGAUCGAGUGUCCUCCUUUCACGGCUAUCAGAGCGCUACAGGAAACCGGAUGCCAGCGGGCCAGUUUAACGUUGGUUUCGCGUGGUUCCGAUCUGGCCAUCGAAUGGUCCGACCGAGGCCCCGAGCAGGACGAUCGUGCGAUCGUGAAACACUUCUACAACAUUUCGUGGUAUGAUCCAAACGAAGGCAGGGUGAUCCGGCAAGGUGGAGGCAUCCUGAAGCUGCAAGCCUUCCGGCUGCCGACCCAGAACAAGUGUGAAAUCGUGGAGCUGUCCUUGUGUCGUCGAGAUUGGCAGUCGCAGACGUGCGCGUGCGGUGUUUGGACGGCCCCAAGCAAAGCUCUACGAUCGAUCCGAGUCCUAAAGGGGAUCGGUGGAUCGUAUAGUGUCUUCUGGAAGUCAGACCCUUGCGUUACGGGGUACGUGCUUGAACCCGGCUCCAUUGCACUGACGUCAUCGCACCCGGUGGUAAGAGUUGAUGAGGCAAUCGAGUGCAACUGGAAUCAGCUGGUGGUUCGGGGAGAAACACAGAAUGGGGCCACGUGGCAGGAAUUGGUCGAGUUCCACGCCUAUCCUCAGAGGCUGCUGUGGCCGGGCUGUGUGAUCGCGAACAGUGUGGCCAUUCGCGCUAUCCCCGAAUCGGUGUACGAAAGCCCUUUGGCCCUCUCGCCGUACCGGUACCGUGAGGUGGACGAGCAAAGUGCGCCGUGCUUCGUUCCGACCGCCCAGGACUAUGCGGUUGCCUGCGGUGUGCAGUCAAGCCGACUUCGGCACCACGCCGCGGCGGCAGUACCGAGUGCCGACCCUAUGUUUUGUCCCGUGUUUAGAUCUGCCACCACCGAUCCGCUGUCCAUUGGUCCGGUACGGGAUCUGCGGGCGUAUACGGGUCAGGAUCGAACCGUCAUCCUGAGCUGGCGACCACCGGACGAUAGUGACGAUUGCGUGAAGGAGUACCAAGUUAGCUGGGGCUCGGAAAUGAUGGUUCUGGCGCCGGACAGGACAUCGUUCUUUGUGCGAAAUUUGGAACCGUGUGUCUCGUACAACUUCACCGUGGCAGCCGUGGAUCUCACGAACGAUAGGGGUGUGCCGAAUACGAUCGAGGCGACGGUACGCGAGAUCGAGCAGCUCUCGGAGGUGGUGGAACUGGAGCUGAACGAGGUGGAUCCCCGGUCACUGUCGGCCAAGUGGAAACCCCCGGUCAACGGGACGUACUGUGUCAAGUCGUAUCGAGUGGCCGCCUGGUACACCUCACCCGAGGAUGCCAGCGAAGUGGUCGUUUUUUCCAACACCACCACCGAUCAGCACGUUACGUUCGGCGAGGUUAUAGCCUGCAUGACCUACCUGGUGCAGGUGAUUCCGAUUUCGUUCCUCAACAAGGACGGUCGCAACGAAAUCGGCCCACUGAAGACGAAGGAGCGCACGAUUCUGCCGUACCACGUGGAACCGAUCCGGGCGGUAGUGGUUAAGCCGCGGAGUCUCGAGCUGUCAACGCACCUGCACGCGGACAACAACAACAACUGUCUGCUGGUCAGUGUUCGAUUCAACUGCACGGUAGUGACCGACGGAGAGGCCGACCCCGAAUCGGAGGUUGUCAGGGAGUACCGCAUACCGGAUGGAAACGCGAGCUUCGAGGGCCUCGUAGAACCCCUGGUUCCCUUCUCGGUGUACCAGUGCAACGCGCAGAUCCUCAACAUCGCUGGCUGGUCCGACGCCACUCCGUCGUACGAUAUUCAAACCGCCGAAGAUGUGCCGGAAACACCGCGUGACCUCCGACUGAGGGGGGGAAAUGGAUCGGUCGACAUCACCUGGAAGGCACCGGCCGUGAAGAAUGGGAUCGUUGUGCGCUACCGGAUCCACAUCCGGAUGAUCGGUCCCGAGUACCCGCUGCCGAAGGCUUGCGAUGAGCUGGAGGAGUACAACGAAACGGUGGACCUGCGCGAUGAGAUCGAACCCAGCGAUACGCGCAGCUGGGAUGGGGUGGACUUUCAGUACACAGUCACGCGGCUGGCCCCAUACACCGAGUACACGGUGCAGGUGGCGGCGGCGACGGGAGCCGGCGUUGGACCGUACAGUGACGCGUCGAGCGUUGUCACGCUACCGGGUGCACCGGAACUGGCGCGAAACUUUCGCAUCGAAUCGAUCCUGGGCCCGGAACUGAACAAACCGUACCAAUCGUCGGUGGAGUUCUCUUGGGAGGUACCGUGCCGGUUGAACGGGCAGCUGCAGCGAUUCGAGGGGUCGCUGUACGGCGUCCGGGGGCAAAACAUCUCCGCCACGCACUCGCUCGCGUGGACCGUGGCCGUCGAUGAAGGGGACGAUCUACUGGAACCGUUUCGGUACAUCGAGAACCGGCUGCUGCCCGAAUACGACUACAUGGUUUCCCUGUACCUGUUCGUGGCCGAUGUGGACGAGCCGAGCGCGGAAACGAUGCUUACUUUUGAGUCUCCAGCGGGCAUUCCGACCAUCGAUCCGACGGAGGAGUGGUUCAAGGUGGACGUAUUCGAUGCCCCGAACCCGACCCACACCGCCCGGAUACUGCUGGGCAGCAUCUCGCUCACCUCGGACAUUGGCAGCAUUCGGUACGUGGCGCUGCUGGUAUCGGAGCGUAUUUGUCAGAGCGAUCCGCAGCCGCGGACCGACUUUAUCAACGUCGCCGGCGAGUCCCAGUGGCCGGAGGUUCCCGACUGGCACCGGGUGUACAAUAUGCGCUGCACGGAACAGUACCAGACGACGCCAAAGUUUUGGAACCCGCUGCAGCGUCUUGUGCGGGGCGAGACGAGCGCCGUCGAGUUCGUGGUUGGCGAGGAGCGGUGCGACACUGGCAAGGAGUACUGUAAUGGGCCGCUCAAACCGGGCACGGACUAUGCGCUGGUCGUGCGGAUAUUUUCCCGCACCGGUUACACCGACUCGAAUCUGCAGUUUUUCCGCACCGACUCGCUCAUCCUGGUGGGGCUGAUCACCGGCUCGAUCGUGGCCUGCUGUGUGCUGGCGUUCGUGAGCGGGCUGGUGAUCUUGUGGCGCCGGCAGAGGUUACUGUCACCGGCCCAGCUAGCGGGACGCACCCCGAGCGAGGAACCGUCGGACAUUCCGCUGAAAAAUUUCCCCAACCAGUACGACGAGCUGUUCCAGGCGAACCGGGAGAAGGUGUUGAAGGAGUUCCAGGCGAUCAACUACUUCGCGGACACGGUGCUGCAGGAGACGGUCAGCCAGCAGAGUGCGCGGGAGAACGAGCGCAAGAACCGGUACGUCAACAUACUGCCGUUCGACUCGAACCGGGUGCAGCUGGAUGGCCACGACGAGGUCGAGGGCGACGGCAACGAUUACAUCAACGCGUCGUACAUCGAGGGCUACAAGUACCAGCGGGAGUACAUCGCGACGCAGGGCCCCAAGCAGGACACGUGCUACGACUUCUGGCGCAUGGUGCUGCAGUGCGAGAUCGAGUCGAUCGUCAUGCUGACGCAACCGAUCGACCACGACAAGAACAAGUGCUGCCAGUACUAUCCACGGUUUCUGCAGUCGAUCUGCUUCCGCGACAUCCGCAUCAAGUGCCAGCAGGAGAUGAACCUGGGCCUCUACCAGCGCCGCUUGUUCCUGGUGUCACAGGGCAACCUGACGAAGGUGGUGUUCCACUAUCACUAUCUCGACUGGCCCGAUCACAGCUGUCCGGCCAGCCCGACGGAUCUGAUCAAGUUCACCAAAAUCGUCCGGGCGGAACGAAAAAGCUACGCACUGCCGCUGGUCGUGCACUGUAGUGCCGGCGUCGGCCGCACCGGAACGUUCAUCGCGCUCGACAUACUGCUGCAGCGGAUGCUGCAGGAGAAGAAGAUCAACGUGUACGACACGGUCAAGCAGUUGCGCCGCCAGCGGGUCAAGAUGGUCCAGACGCUCGAUCAGUACACGUUCCUGUACCAGUGUUGCCUGGAGUACGUCACGAAGAGCAACCGGAAAAAGCCUAAAACGAGCUACAUUGAAAUGAUGCGACGGGACGGCGAUGGUGGCGGCGGCGGACCUGGUGGUGAUGGGAAAGCAAACAUGCCCACCGUCAUCGAGGUUGACCAGCCCGGAACGAUCAGCAACGGGGGGAAACCGUUGUUUAAGAUUAAGUUCCCCAAGUCGGUUAACCCGGGUCUGAACCCUGGAGGUCUGGAGAAGGGGACCAGCUUUGCACCGAACGACAUCGAGGGAAGCGAUCAUUGA